GAUUAUUCGCACUUGAACACUCGCGUCGUACGGACGGACGACAUUCUCUCGCUCAUCGCGAUCAGAAUAUUACAGCAGCAGCAGCAGUAGUAGUGUUGAAGGCAGCGUGCUGCUAGCCUGGAAAAUUUUCCGUGCGUGGUGAGGAAAAAUCGAAUCACAGCUGGAAUCAACUGGCUAGCUAGCGCGAAUGGACAUCGUGGAGUAUCAUUUUGUGAUUGUGAUUUGCCUUUGAGGACAGUGUGUGCGUGUGUUUGUUGGGAUUUCUGAAAAGUGGCGGGAUCUGUUUUCGGGGGUUUAUUUCGAAGAUCCGGAUUGAGGCAAGUGAAGAAUACUGUGCUGGAAGAACGAAUAAUACCGGGAGAGGCUUUGGAGUCGAGGAACGAUCAGUGGGAUCUAGAGCAGAUUCAACCAAUUCAGAAAGCAAUCUACGCCACCCGGACCAAUAAUGUCGACCAGCGAAACGGCGACCUGUUCAUCCGAGAACAGCGAAAAGUUCUCCAGUACAAAUUCCAGUUCCUCAGCAGAUGCGUCCAAAGAAGCUACCCCCAGUGAAGGCUCUCGAACUGAGAGCAGUUCCCGGGACAACAAACGGGAGGCCAGUUGGCCCUCGGUGCUGUUCUACAUUCAUCUCAACAUUCUAGGAGUCUAUGGAAUAUUCGUACUAUUUUCGCACACGUCAGCAAUCACUUUCAUAUUCACAUCUUUUUUAACAUUAUUUGGAAUAUUGGGCGCCACUGCCGGGGCACAUAGACUAUGGGCUCACAAAACCUACCAAGCGUCCACGUUUCUGCGGUUCUCGUUGAUGCUGUGUCAAACACUGGCAGGACAGGGAUCCAUCUACGACUGGGUCAGAAUGCACCGGUUACACCACGAGAAAUUCCGCACCCCGGACGAUCCAUACUACAGUGACAAGGACUUCCUGCAUGCUCAAGUGUUUGCCAACAUCCGCAAGCUCAGCCCGCGUCAGGAGAAACUGCUCGAACAGAUCGACAUGCGCGAUCUCGAGUCCGACAAAAUUGUCAUGUUCCAGAAGCGUUUCUACUGGCUGCUCUAUCCGAUCCUGUUCGUCCUGCUGCCAAUCAACGCCCCUCUGGAAUACUGGGGUGAUACCGUGCAGGCUGCGAUCUUUGUUGCGUUUUCGUUGCGUUACCUGCUGGUGUUGAACGUUGCAUGGUUGAUCAACUCGGCUCACUUCAUCUGGGGAUUGGACAAAAACCACAAGCAAAGUGAUUCUAACAUGGUUUUCGUUGUUACAAAAAGCUAUUGGCCACAGUAUCAUUACCUGUUGCCGUUUGACUACCAGAGUGGAGAAUUCGGUAACUAUGGAUCAGGAUGCACUACUGCCUUCAUUCGGGUUUUUGCUGCUAUGGGCAUGGCAACCAAGCUACAAACCAUGACCACGGAAGCCGUUAAGAAGGGACUCACGAUGGCCGUGGAUAGUGGAAGACCAAUCGUGGACUGUUUGAAGCAAGCCGGAGCAGAGGAUAUGUGCAAUUUGCAGCGUGAACAUUAUCUCAAGAACGAGAGACUACACUGAUUGAAAGGCACUGAUGGCUAUUUAGCUUUAAGACGAUGUGAAUCUUUGUACACUGAUGGAAUAUUAAUUUAUUGCAAACAUUUUUGUUGUCGAAAACCCCUUAUUUUUGAUAAAAAAAAUAUACAUAUACGUCACACCAAACCAGUAAAA